AUGGGUCACACCAAGGCAGGUAGCUCUGCGAUCACUGCAGAAAAUGUCCACGAGCUCUUUCCAGAAGUCGAAGCGCUAUCCGCGGUGUCGCCAGUGACAUGCGGCGUAUCAGCAGCUGAAAGCGGAGACUUUGAAGGCUACGACGAAGAGCAAGUACGGUUGAUGGAUGAAGUCUGCAUCGUUCUAGAUGUAGACGACGAGCCAAUUAGCCGGGCCAGCAAAAGAGUGUGCCACCUCAUGACGAACAUCGAUAGAGGACUUCUCCACCGCGCAUUUUCCUGUCUCAUUUCCAUGAUAUGGACCAACACCUGCUGCUCCCAUCCCCUUGAUGUACAGGCGAGAGAGGCAUGGAUCUUGAGAGAACUGGGCAUUAAGCCUGAGCAAGUCCCACUUGAGGACUUCCAUUUCUUGACCCGUGUGCAUUACAAGGCUCCAAGUGAUGGGAAGUGGGGUGAGCAUGAGAUGGACUAUAUCCUCUUCAUUCAAGCAGAUGUUGACCUUGCGGUUAAUCGAAACGAGGCGCAAGACUUUCGCUGGUUCUCCCCUGAGGACCUCAAGAACAUGUUUGCCACGCCAGGUCUACAAUAUACUGCGUGGUUCAAAUUAAUAUGUGAGUCGUUACUAUUCAAGUGGUGGGCGGACUUGGGAACGCCAGAGUUUCAGAGAAAUACCAAUGAGACGAUAAUCCGGCGGAUGUGA